UAUGGCAACAGAGACUGAACCAAACAAUGCUGUGGCACAAAAUGGGAAAGAAACUGCAGUGAAUUCCGAGUACCAACAAGAAUUGUCAAAUUCUCUUCCUGUUGAAAAUGGGGUUGGUGAAACUAAUGGAGAUGAACUAAAAAAUGACUCUUCUGUCAAAAAUGAAGAUUUGGAUGAUAUUCCAUGGUCUCAACGAAUUCGGGAAAAACAACAAAAUUCUUCUACUUCUAAAUCUGUUAAAAGACCUGUGACACCUGUAGAAAGUGGUGGAGAAGAAGCUCAACCUAUUGUAAAAAAAUCUGCCGAUAAAAAGCGGAAGACGAGACAAGCAUCGUCUGAAAGUGAAGAAGAAUAUACUCCAAAGAAGAAAUCAAAAUCUUCCAAAUCCAAACCUGAAAAACCAACGCCAAAGUCAUCUGCUAAAAAAGAGACGAAAACUGAAGAAGAUUCGGAUUACGAUGAUGACAAACCUGCAAAAAAGAAAAAGAAAUCAACUGAAAAUAAUCUUGUUAAACAAGAGUCAUCUUCAUCUGCAAGCCCUACAAAAAAGAAAAAGAAGGCUGAAGAAGAGGAGGAAGUUUGGAAGUGGUGGGAAGAACAAUCACCUGAACAAUCAGAUGGAACAAUUAAAUGGAGAACUUUAGAGCAUAAAGGGCCAAUGUUUGCACCAGAAUAUGUUCCUUUACCUAAAAACAUUAAAUUCAAAUAUAAUGGAAAGCCAAUGGAUCUAUCCCCGUCUGCUGAAGAAGUUGCCACUUUUUAUGCUAAGAUGCUUGAUCAUGACUAUACUUCAAAGCCUAUUUUUAAUCAAAACUUUUUUAAGGAUUGGAGAAAGGUUUUUUCAUUUAAAAAAUUUUCUAAAAAUUGA